UUAAUUUCAGGGAAAAGUUAAAGCCAAUCAGAUUGACUUAAACAACAAAUAGUGUUAUUGAAGAGUGGAAUAUUUAUGUCAUAAGUAAUGCAUUCAAUCAACUAAGCAUGCAGAUUACACCAUGUGGACAUAUCUUUGGUUUAAUUUUAUUAUGUAUCACGUGCAAUGCAAAGGUGGAAAGAGAGAAGACAUAUACUAUAAAUGGUUUAUUAGCAGAUGUAAUAGAUGUUGAUCUACGAUCAGAAAUACCGGGGCAGAUAACUUGGAUAUUGACAGAUGACCACAACUUUAGAUUAAAAGUGAAUAUUGCCGGGGAAAACGAAGAGGAUAUUAACACCGUUGACAUCAAUUUAACGAAUACUAGCUCCUCUGUGAAACUUCUAGUGAGAGAAAAACACUUUUCUAUUGCGCCUGCGCCGGUUACAGGAACCGGAAAUGUAGUAACAAUACCAGCAUUCCUUGUAUGGCUUCUCGCGUUAAUGAUUAGCUGGAAUAACCCAAUGCCAAUCAUGUUGAUGGUAGCAGUGUACGGGUUUACUCCAGGAACAGCAGAAACUACAUAUGGCUUUUCAAAGAAAAGUGUGGACAUAGAAGUGAAAGCCCCAAGACGAUUUUCUUACAAUGCUGUUAGUUUAACUAUAAAUGGCGGGAAAUUGCGCGUGGUAAAUUGGGAGAAAGAGACAACCAAGGAACUUACAUGCAAAACAGAAGCUACAUCAGAAAAUGGAUGUUCAGAUUGUUGUCAUGGGAACGGAGUCUGUGUACGAAAUAAAUGUAUCUGUGAUGCAAAUUACGACGAAAUGUCAAAUUGUGCCACAAGUGUUACAGAGUCUAUCCUCUUUUCACACCCACUAGAUCCAAGAUUUGAUCGUACACAUCUUCCAAACAAAGAUGUUGUGACACUUGGGCGCGUUUUUCAAUUCAUCCAACAUGAGACUUACUUAAAAGAUCCAGAUAAAUAUGCACUGGAGAUAAAUUCUGAGGAUCUCAUGUUUCCUCAAAUUUUGAUUAUUUUUCAUUCUAAUGGAUUCAUUGAAAAGAUCAUAGAUACUAAAACAGUGAAGGGAAAUACAAUGAAAUUCAAAAAGUCAAGACUGAAUCCGUGUGUAAUCCGUCUGAAAGGAAGACUCGUUGAUAGAGAGAUUAAUGUUUGUGGUACGAAUAAUUCAGUUGAUGGUGCGAAAUAUAUUGAGAACGAAAUUACCUCAAAGGAGAAUGAAGAGCGGGAAAGUUUAAGAGAUAAAAACAAUGACAAGGGAAACAUGAAAAAGAAAAGAAGACACAAACACGCGUUAAGUUCCGAGAACAACUUUAAUUUUCUUGAAUUGCCUGUAAGAAUACACCGCUGUGGAUAUAACUCCAAGCAAAGAAAGUUUGUGUUUUUUAAGAUUUUUAAAGAUAAAAUGGACUCCUAUCACGACAACAUCUCUCGGAUAAAAAGUAACAUUUCCCAUGGGGCGAAUGAAAAUAUAUAUUUACUGUCUCACAAAACAUUACACGAAACUGAAAGCUUGCGUAUACCAGAUCAAUCCGUUCCAUUGGGGAUAGAAAAAGUGACACAAAAGUGUGAGCUUACUAAAUAUUACCAAAGAAAAAUAUGUUCCACUUCAAAUUUAGAAAGUAUGAGGACUAUCUGCGAUGAUUUAUGGAACAAUGUCAGCCAAAAUAACACAACGCCCCCGCAAUUUUCCAAAACUAUUCAUUUAUGUACGUACGUACUAAACAAAGUGUCAACUUAUUGUGAUAAACAUAUAUCAUUAGUAUUAACACCACACAAAUCUUGCUUGUCAAACUAUGUGAACAAUUUCAAUUUAUUCUCUAAAAGAAUUUACCUCAUUCAACCAUUUGUCAUUUUCCCAGACGAUAAAUUAAUUUCGGGGCAAGUGCAACAUGUCAGUUUCGGCAACAAAAGUCAAUCUAACCUUCAGAACAAGGAAUUAGUUAUAACAGAUAACAAUUCAGAAUUUAAAAUUGUUAAAAUCUCCGUUAUUCCCACAGAUCCCGUGCCUCAUGAUAUUUAUCAAGUUCGUUUAGAUUACGCGUGCGCAACUAGUGAAACUGCGAUCAAAAUGACAGUGUAUGGUAGUGACUUUUACAGCAACAGUGUCACGUGUCGUGGGGUAACACAUUGUAAUUGUUGUAUAUUACACGCAGCAGGUGCCCCUAACGCUGUUGUAGAUCGCGUGACUAUCAACGUCACAGACCAUUCUAGAAAUUACGAACUGGUCCGAGAAAUGGUUGUUGUGUUUUGAUAAUUUGGCUUCUAAUUAUCUUAUAGCGCCUGGUAUGCUCCACAGACUGAGAGCUUAUGUUGGAAAUGUCUCUAUUAUCUUGUAUACAAAUUUUUGAAUUUAUAUCUACCGUAUACAGCUGUAGGGAGUGAUAUUUCAUUUUUUAAAAAAAGAAAUCUUGUCUAAGUGAAUGUAUAUAUAUAUGAUAUAUCGUUUGACUAUUUCUUUGAACAAAAUUACCUUUGCCAUUGUAUAAACCAAGUUUUUUUGUUUAUAUGAGUUCAGGUAUUAAUAUUUUAAUAUUUUCAUCAGUUUAAGAAGCGUUUCUGUAAAUAUGAAGUACUUAUAGUUUUUCUUAUUCCCUUUUGUUUAAAUUUGUGUC